UCGGAAAGAAAAGUUCAAACUUAACGUCAAGAUCUAGUAAUUGAUUCUAGACUGUCUUUUUGGUGCUAAAAUCAUUAUGAUGUCGUAAUUGAUUUGAUGAAUCUUUUCCCUUUUUCACGGUUUUAAAGGAAUUAUGUAGCAAAUAAAACAAUAUUUUGACAUUCUUUAUUUUAUCAAGUGAAAAGUAUUCCCGGUACCUAUAUUCAAUUUGACAUCAUUUUAAAGAGGAGGCUAAUAGCUUGUUUAAUGCCGUUUUUGGAGAGACAUAAAGCAUUCUAGAUAUAUUUCAUUAGUGAAAAAUGGACAAAACUCCGAGAUUUGAUACUUUUAUCCUUCAUAUUUCAUAGAAAAUGGUUGUUUAAAACAUAAUUUUUCACUGUGUUUGCCAAAAAUUUAAGCCCCGGUACACCCUAUGAUAUCAUAUGAUAUUGUUAUGAAGCACCAUUAAAAAAAUUUAUAUCUUGAAUUUCAUAAACAUGUGGGUACCUUUCAUUUACUAGAUCUUGGCCUUAAUAUGUAAGUAUUAUACAUAAUGGUGAAAUUUUAAUGCAGAAACAAGUGUCUAUGCUGUAAAGCUAGGGACACGUCCAUCGCUACUGACAAAAGUAGGGGUGCUCACAAUCUAAAUAAAUAAUGGCCUUCUAAGUUUAGUAAUAGUUUUCAAGAGAGAUAGAUUUCAUCGGUAUACUUAUAUGUAUAGCACGACAAACAAUCAGCUUAUCUAAGUUAUUUACACCGUGUUAACAUUUAGCACGAUGACAAUGAUAACAAACCACCUACUAGUGUACCUUGGAUGUUGACAGUUCCUUUAAUAGCCCCCAGGAUUUACAAUGUAAGUUUUCUAGUAAAAACUUGCUUUUUGUGCUAAAUUAUCAUUUUUGUGCUUGUGAAAUUUGUAUGAUCUUGUUUAUUAUACACAGCGUUAAAUUUACGUUGUCACCUAUACGCAGAAAUGUAUGAAGAGAACCUGGAACGUAGAUGUUUACAUAAUUAUAUAAUGAGGUUAGAAAUAGACAAUAGAAAAGGGUAUACCAUCGUAAAAAGUAUUGACUGGUUUUAUUCAUUGUCAACAACCAAAUUAUAACAUUCUAGUCGCUAAGGGAAGUUUAAAGGUACCACAUGUUGAAAAGAAUUUUCUUUCGAAAUAAAUAAAAGAAAUAAACUUUUAAAAAAAAGGAGUGUAAAAUGCAUAGAUAAGGAUAGAUAAGAUACUAUAAAAUGAAAAUGUCAACAAAUCUGGUAAUUUUUUUCUGGAGUAUUGAAAACAGUUUAUACGUCGAGAGAUGACCCACUAUACUUUUAAAUUGUCAAUUCGUAUCUUAACAAUUGAACGUUUUAAAAAAAUAUUUCAAGUCCAAUAAUUCGUGGUCGAAGUCGCAUAUAGCAUUUAAACAAUGAAGUUUUUUGUGACUGAAGUGGCUCAGUGCUUAGAGCACCAGACAUAGGGAACAUUAUAGAGCUAGGUUUUUUAAGUUUUUGGUUCGAUUGCAUAGAAAGUUUAUAAUUUAUUGGGUUUUUUUCCUUAUUGUUUGUUAAAUUAUUCAAAACUGAAUUUAGUUAGAAGUUAUCCUUUUGUAAACUUGUAUUAUAACAUAUAAUUAGCAAGAAUAUUAAGUAAGAAAAAAAAUGGACUUGAAUAUUCAUUUCACGACUAAUCAAAUGGGCAUUUCCGCUAUCUUUGGUUUAUCAUUUUUGAUUUCAUGUUAACAGCUUUGGCUAUAUGUUUAAGCGUCAUGUACUAAUAUGCAAUUCACGGAUGCAAAACCAGCUUGGGGUUUUUACUUUUUUUCCAUGGAUAAGAAUUUCAAAAAUGCAUUUUAUGAUCAACGACGAUUCAAUUUGAAUUUUUUAAAGAAAUGUUGAUUAAGUGUUGUGUAUAAUAUACUAUUGUUAUAUGUAUUUACAUUUGGAGGGGUAAUGUAUAACGAAAUUGUAUCCUACAAUUAAUAUUUCAUCUCAUAAACAUUGUUGGAAUGUUGGAAAAGUAGCUGAGGCAGUAUCCAUUGUUGCUAAACUCUAUAUUCAAGGUGAGGGCUUCCCCUCGUGCAAACUCGGUGUACCUCUGGUGGGAAAUUUCAAUGUCCAAACCUUCCGCUGCAAUUUUUCAAAGAUACAUGUUAUAAGCACCUUUGGCUAGAAUGGAGGCUAAACAGCAGUCAUUUGAUAUUGGCUUUCCCGAUAACGAUGUUAUUCUGCUGGUAGAAGGGCAGAAGUUCCAUGUCAGCAAGGCAGUGCUCUCUGACCAUUCACCUGUAUUUAAUACCAUGCUUAACAAGGAAAGUACUGCAAAGGAGAUCGUAUUGGAAGACAAGAAAGCAGUGGAUGUUGUGGAAUUUCUGAAAAGUUUUUAUCCAAACAUGAAACAUCCCAUAACAGGAGCGAAUGUACUACAGGUUCUAACUUUAGCACAUGAGUACCAGUCCCCUCUAGUGGCAGACUGUGAAAACUUCAUGAUCAUAAUGUGUACACCAAAGUCUGGAGUGAGAGUUAGUACACUGCUGGACUACAUCUUGGCAGGGGAGAAGUACGGUUUGACGAGGUUUCUAGAGGCUGCUGUGGAAUUUUGUGCUAAAAUUGAUUUUGACUUCCUAACUGGAAAAACAUUUCUAAAAAUAUUGAAAUCCUUCAAAAUGACAGAAGAUCUACGUAUUUAUUCGAAAUUUUCCAACAUAGAUAUAAAAACUCGGUAUGCGAUAGCAAUGAAAAGAGUACAACAUUUGGAAAUGAAUAGGAGAAAAUUAGAAAACUCACAAACAGUAGAAGAUGAUUACAAAAUACCAUUAUCAUAAAGACAAAACAUUUCUCUUUGAGAAAUGUAAGCGACAACUUCAUAAUUGUUUUAUCUUUAUAGAUAUCAUUAUUUUCAAAUUGCUUAAGCUUUAUGGGUAAGGGAUGCAAAAGUCAUAGAUUUUCAAAACUUACUAUUAUAGGUUAAUUAAAGUUCCUUGCCACAUUUAAACUCGGUUCGUUCCUUGUUCUAUGAAGUUGCUCAAAAGAUAUGCACUGUUUAAUAUUAUCAAAAAAGGCAUUAUAAUUUUUAUAUUGAGAGAAAUAAAAGUUUUUAAAAAAUAUAGUUGAAUAAAGGUACAUGUAUAGGCAUCGUACUGUUUCUCCCGUAAAUACUAAAAAAUAUCACAGUAGAAAAAUCACUGUUUUAUUAUCUCCAUUUCAGCUUAAAUUAGUUUUCAACCCCUUAACUUCUUUCAUUUGUCAACAACGAAUAUAUAUUUUUCGACAGAACGAUCUUUGUACAUUAAAAACAAACCAUCAUGAUUGGUGGAUGUAUCCUAACUGUAACAAUAAUGCCCGGGAUGCUGCAUAGUUUUUGCAAUAGUUAUCUCCUCUACAGCUAGCGACUUCACCAUUGAAGCACUCGUCUCAAACAACUAUUGACACCAACAAGUUGGUCAUCAUUUCACGCAUAAUGCAGACAAUUUCCUCUGUUGACCACCAGGAAUUAUAAUUGUCAUAUGUUCGAACACGCUUUCGUUUCAAAAGAGAGAGAGAGAGAGAGAGAGAGAGA